UGGUUAUUUCCGUGGCGCAAUCAAAUUUUAGCAGGGAAAAUCUCACUGAGAGAGCGUGCAAUGCUUAGCUCUUUGACAACAAGGGUUCGCACCUUUUUGUUCAAAGACGAAGGGACAAUAGCACAUGAACAAAGUUCAAGAAAGAGAAAACGGGUAGACGAAUGUUCAGAAAAUGGAGAGGACGAUGAAGAUGUUGUCAUUGUUUCAGUUAAAAGACCAAAAGUAGAAACCAAAUCUCUGUUCUCCAGAGUACUAUCCAGUCCCUAUAAAAAGAUGUCGGACUGGGUGAGGAAUAAGACGAAAUGGAAUGACAGCUUCUUCUCAAGACCUAAAUUGAAAAACGACAGCAGAAGCACUCCUAACUUUGAACAAACCCCAAGGAAUGGUCGUCUAAAUGGAGGGCAAAAUCCCCAUGUUCUUCGCCAAGAAAAGUUUCAGGCCAAUCGUGCAGUUAGCAAGUCAAGUGAGGAAGCAGAAUUGCGUAAAAAAGACACUGAAUCUCUCCAGGAUCGACGAUGGCAGCAACCAAGACAACAGCAGAAAGCAGAGUCUCAAUCAAGGAUUGAGCGUGUGACCUCAGUACCAACACAGACGGAAGAUGUUAUCAUGUUGAAUGGAAAUGGUGGACAUAAUGAACGUGGACAGAAUCAGGUCAUCAGACAGAAAAGGACAUCCUCUUUAAACUUCACGGCCCAUAAUUGUGUUGAUUAUGAAGAAAAAGAACAGUAUCGACAGCUACUGCAGCAGUUCACCACUGCUCCGGUCACUCCUGGGGCAACGCCAAAACACAAACAUUCUCGACCAAAGUCACCCAGUACCAUGUCACACAGGUCUGUUGACAAUUUGUCAUUUGGGAGUCUAUCUCAGAGUUUGUCAUCGAAGAACUGGACUACUAACAACAGAUCACGACACUCCACACCAAGUCGUCCAUUUACAGAAAUGAAUGGCACAUCCUUCCUGAAAAGACACACCCCAGUCGUGGAUAUGCUGAAGAAAUCGGCAGUGGCACGUGCGCCAAUGUAUCCGCAGGUCCACACAGACACAGACUCGUACAGAACGAAGAGCAAAUCAACUGAGAAUUUAUCGAAGUCAAAAUCAUCAGAAUGGUCAACAAGUGCUGCUUUUAAAGACUCUCAAUACAUUACCGAUGAAUGGGCGGAUGAUAUUCUCACAAAAUAUUCUGUGGAGGCUAGAGAAAGAAAUAGGAAAAUUGCAGAACAAGAAGUGAAAUCCAAAGUGUAUGAAGAAAGGAGAAAAGCACGAGAAGAGCACUUGGAGAAAGAGAUCCAGAUUCGUAUGAAAGUACUAUCAACAGAACCAGCCUUUGCAGAAGAACCAACUAUUGAAGAGAUUGAACAAGAGGAGGAGGAGGUAGAAGAAGAUGAAAAAGAAGAAGUAUUCCCAGAAUUGACAGAUGAAAUGGAUAGGAUCAUUUCCAAUGCUCUGCGGCCGCACCCUGAGCAUGAAGUUCUAGUCGAAGCCUUUCGUCUUCAGAUUACCCGCAAAGAUAUGGCUACACUCUCUGGUCUUAAUUGGCUGAACGAUGAGAUCAUCAACUUUUACAUGAACCUCCUAAUGGAGCGAGGGAAGGGUGAAGGAAAAGCCAAGGUGUACACUUGCAACACUUUUUUCUACCCCAAAAUAGUCAGUGGUGGCCACUCAGCGGUCAGACGCUGGACAAAGAGGGUUGAUAUUUUCGCCCAAGACUACAUAAUCAUCCCUGUCCAUCUCGGCAUGCAUUGGUGUUUAGCGGUGGUUGAUUUCAAAAAGAAACUAGUGCAAUACUUUGAUUCCAUGGGUGGAGAGAACCAACAGUGUCUCAAUGCAAUAAAAAAGUACCUGUGUGAUGAAAGCAAGGACAAAAAGAAACAAGAGUUUAAUCUCACAGGCUGGUCCACCGAGAUAGUCAAAGAUAUACCUCAACAGAUGAACGGCAGCGACUGUGGGAUGUUUGCUUGUAAAUAUGCAGAGUACAUCACCCGAGGAGCAGAAAUCACGUUCACACAGGAACACAUGCCAUACUUCAGACGGAGGAUGGUGUACGAAGUCCUACAGGCGAAACUGUUACAGUAAUACAUGGGAGUGCAAGAGACUUGAGGACAAUUGGUGCUGUGUGUUUUUUUGUUGUGAGGAUGAGUGGAAGGAGAAAAUGCAGGGUUACAGAUUCAAUGACACGAGACACAAUUAUCAGGAUGUGAAUCAAUAGGACUGACCAUUUUUCCAUGUGAACGUUAAGGAUGAAUGUGGUUGUUACAAGUUAAAUUUUACUGUGCUAUGUACUAUAAUACAAUGCAAUGUAGAUAUUAUUAUUUGUUUUCUCCACAGGCAAUCUAUUACUCUAUCAAAUAAGUUCAGAUGUGUUUCUUUUUAUUUUAAAGAUAAUUGAAAAAAUGUAAAAGAAAAAUAGGAUUGGCAAAUUGAAUAUAAAGAUGAAUGUUGAAAAAAUUUAAGUCAGGUCAUUGUUCAUUUAGGAUUGUGUUGUUGAUGAGUAAAUUUAAAUUUAUUAAACUAAUAACCACAAAUGAAAUAGCAUGUUACAGAAUGGUUCUUCUGAAAAAGUGAAAAACGGUUUACAAGUUUGAAAUUUGUGAGAAAUUUUGUUAUCAUUUCCGCAGUAUAUAUUUUUUUUCAUGACAUUAGGUUCGAUUUAAGGGGAGACAAAUCUAGAUCACUAAUUAGUGGACACAUCAAUACAAUUCUUACAUGUUUGCAUUAAUGUUCAUGCAUGUAAGAGUCUUUACAUUCAAAUUUUCCAUAAGAAAUGAUGAUCGACUUCUGAGCAAAGAAACCAUGAAAUAAGAAUGUGAUAUCACCUGCCAUAAAUUUCUAUUGUUUGAUAGCAAAUUUUGCUCUCAUAUUAAAAUGAGAAUAACAUUUUAUGCAAUUUUGAUAUUAAGCAAUUUCCUAAUCUUUAUUUGAUCAUAUAAAAUUAAAUCAAAAAUUUAAGCACGUAUUUGAAAACAAUACAUGCUUAAAUAUUUGAUUUUAAAUUUCUAAAAGUGUAUCUUUGAAAACCAUGUGUGACAUAAUUUUGAAUUCUAUAAAAUAUAAAUGGUGUAUAAUAUUGUGUCUGGGAUCAUUUUCAUAGAUCAGUGGUUAUUAAACUGUCUGACAGAUUUGCAAGGUAAAUUUUGUUUGUGAAACUAAUGAAUUUGCAAAUAUAAAUAGAUAAAAUUUGAUAUUUGCUAUUAUAUCGGUACAUGUACUAUGUAAUGCAUAAUUGUUCUCGGUUAAAAGUGCUCACGAGUCGAUAUAAGAUUUUGCAGUUCCAAAUGUUCUUUAUAGUGCGAGUCCCACCAAUUGUUAAAACCAAAAUGAUUUAAGCUAAGUUUUCAGUACUAAAGAGAAAGAAAUGAAUUAAAUUUCAAACUAGAAUAGUGCUACCCUAAUUAGACAAUCUAUUCAUACUACCAUGUUAUGGUAACCUGAAGUAAUUACCAUAUUCAUUUCACAAGGCUUGUUCUUAAUAUAUGGUUUGUCUACUUUUAAAUGUAAUAUUUCAGGGAUAACUUUUGGGGAACCUGCAAAUAGUAAUGUAGGCCUUUGAAAGUCAUUAUGCAGGCUUGCCAAUAAGCCAGAUCAGAUCAUGAGAUCUUGCUCUAUUUCCUAAAUUAAUGACUCUGGUUUAACGAGUCAAACCAUUUGAAUGUGAUGAACGAAAGCAGCCUUUAUUUUGGUUUGGUUGACUCAUGUUUUUGGAAAGCAAAUUGACCGUUGUCCCUGAUAAUAGUUUUGUACAGAAAUAUUUACCAUACUAAUGGUACAGUUCUUCUUGUGACAAUUUAUAUCAAAUCGGUUUGGAUUUAACAAUUGAUCAUUAUUGUUAUGUAUUUAAAGUAAAGUAUCAACAACAUCUUCCAAGAUGUGCGCUGAAUAAAAAAAAUUGUAUUCAAAAGUUUCAGUUUGUUACAUCAUGGUACAGUUGUGUAAACAAAUUUCCUCCAUUCAGCACAUGAGGAAGUUUGAUGUUUCCAACAAAUAUUGUCCUAAUGAUUGAAAAGGAGUGCUUUAAUAGAAGUAGAAUGGUCGAUCAAUAUGUAACAAACCAUUUUCUAAAAAGUUAAAAACGGAAAAUCAGAAGAAUAUACAUAAGUCUGGUUUUGAUUUUAAAACCAAUUCGGAAUUAAAUCUUCAUGUUUACUGUACAGUGUAUAGGAGUUUUGGACUCUCCAUAGUCUUUUUAAAAAAUGGAAAGACAAAAUUUGGAAUAAAUAUUUUAAGACUGUUAGUGCAUUUAAGAUAUUUUUCCAUAAGUUCUUCAAGUGUGACCUGUAUAGAAACAGCAGGGCAGCUGUGCUGUGCUUGUUUUUGUGGUCACAAAAGUCUAAAUGCGUGGUAAAUUCAAGCAUUGGUCACUUUAUUGAGUUUGGCUAUUUCAAAGCAUGACAAUGUCAGUGAGUUGCCUAUUUCAACAUAUUAUUUCAUGGCUUGAAACACUAUACUGGUAACUAUUUUCAUAACGAUUUGUUAGAAAAGAAAAAUUGAAUGUCCGUUUUAUUGUAACGAAAGCAUUAUGAGAAAAUGUGUUUGUGUGAUGUUUGGAAGAAUAUGUGAUUGUUGAGAGAAAAUUUGGUUGCACGUUUGUUCAUAAGAAUUUGAUAUUUACAGUGCUCUGGUCACAAAUUACUAGACUGCAGUAAAAUACGGCUUGUACAAGUUUUGACGUGCAAAAGCACUAUAUGAAUUUCAGACUAGUGGUUCCUGUUGUAUCAAGUUUCAUUGGCGACUAGUAAAACACAUGAAACCUCCAAUGAGUGCAUGAAACGCAACUUGAACUGCUUCGCUCAAUUUAUCUUUCCCUUUUUAUGUAUCAAGAUUAAUCCAAAAAGCAUUCCUUUGAUUCAGACAAACCUGUCAUGAUCAUUACAUGCACCCUAUAGUAACUAGGAGAUCAUUUGACCAAAGGAUGUAGAUUUUGAUUUCGUGUCAGUUUGUACUUGAAUGAGGGAGUUUCGAAGGAGAUUGGUAAAUUUUGGUCAAAAUGAGGGAGUCUCCCUCCUAAUGAGGGAGGAUUGACAGCUACGAAAACAUAGCCAAAAUUUCUGACCAUAGUGAUACAAUCAGUUUUAUGACAAAACCAAAAUUUCUGACUAUAGUGAUACAAUCAGUUUUUCUCCCACAUUGGUAAAAUUUGAAAUCGCCCAGUGUCAAUUUGGCCUUUCACAUUUGAUGGCUAUGUUUAUUACUAAUGUUCGCUCUAAUGAUUAAUCAACCUCAUUACGAAGGGUGAAAAAGGCAAAAGUGAAACGGCUACAACAAAUUCCCGGUAUACAAUAUCCUUGCAAUACAUUUGUCAAUCUGAAAUGUCAGAUAAUCACAGAUGUGUAUUUAUUACUUAUUAAUGCAUGGUGAUCAUUUUAAAUGCCAAAACAUCUGUACUUUAAUUUUGAUUAUUGUAAUGCUUCAGUAUUUUACUUCAAGUUUCAGUAAGCCAAUGAAACUCGAUACAACUGUCUUGGAUUUUUUCAACAGUCUCUAGGAAUUCAAUACCUGACAAUGGUCAAAUGACCUGUUGUAUAUAUGAUAUGCAGAGAAAAGGAAUUGGCAGGGUUGUUGUCUUUUUGUUAAGAUUAUGUACAAGCAUGUUCAGAAAUAAAUUAAGAUUUUGUCUUCAAAACUGUGUUUAUA